AUGGGUCACGUCGCCAGCGGCCAGCACUCGGUGCUGCUGGACGGGGACCUGAUGCUGGGCGGCCUGUUCCCCGUGCACGAGAAGGGCGAAGGGACCCCGUGCAGCGCCACGCUGUACAACCGCGGCCUACAGCGGCUCGAGGCCAUGCUGUUCGCCGUCGACCAGAUCAACGGCGACCCCGAGCUGCUGCCGCACAUCAGCAUCGGCGUCAACAUCCUCGACACCUGCAGCACGGACACAUACGCGCUCAACCAGUCGCUCGAGUACAUCAAGGCGUCCAUGGACGUAAUGGACACGAUGGCGUUCGAAUGCGACGACGGGUCGACGCCGCGGCCCAAGUACCGCACCAAGGCCGUCAGCGGCGUCAUCGGCGGCUCCUACAGCACCAUCUCCAUUAACGCGGCGAACCUGUUCCGGCUAUUUCGCAUCCCGCAGAUCUCGCCGGCUUCCACCGCCCAGGUACUCAGCGACAAGUCGCGCUUCGAGUUCUUCGCGCGCACCGUGCCGCCGGACACGUUCCAGGCGACGGCGCUGGUGGACAUGGUGCAGCUGUUCAACUGGUCGUACGUCAGCUCUGUGGCGUCGGAGGGCUCGUACGGCGAGAGCGGCAUGGACGCCUUCCACCGGCAGGCGGCCGAGCGCAACAUCUGCGUGGCCGUGGCCGAGAAGGUUCCGCGCGACGCCACCGCCAAGACGUUCGAGACCAUCGUGAUGAACCUGCGUAAGAAGCCGAUGGCGCGAGGCGUCAUCCUCUUCGUCCGCGCCGAGGACGCCAGAGGCCUGCUGGCGGCAGCGAAACGUCUACAGCUGGGACAGUCGUUCUACUGGAUCGCCAGCGACGGCUGGGGCAAGCAGGAGAGCCUGGUGCAGGGCGUGGAGGAGGUAGCCGAAGGCGCCAUCACCGUCGAGCUCACGUCCAAGCACAUUCCGGCCUUCGAUGCCUACAUGGCUUCGCUCACGCCCGACAACAACGCCAGGAACCCCUGGUUCAGGGAGUACUGGGAGGCGUUCUUCGACUGUCCACUGGAGCCGGCAGCUUCGAACAUUACGUGCGACCCCGACUUGCGACUGCUGCCAGAGAACGGCUUUGUGCAGGAGUCCAAGGUGCAGUUCGUCAUCGAUGCCGUGUAUGCGUUCGCGUACGCCCUGCAGACGCUGCAGCUGGAGGUGUGCGGAAACGCCUAUUACGUAUGCCCAGGCAUGAGGAAGUACGACGGGGGUGCCUUCUACAAGAGGUACCUGCUCAGCGUCUCCUUCACAGAUCUGGCCGGCAGCAAGGUCAUGUUUGACGAGAGGGGCGACGGCCUGGCUCGGUACACCAUCUUCAACUACCAGCGAUCGGCGGACGGAGCGCAUCGUUACAAGGUGAUCGGCCGCUGGGAGGGUGAGCUCUUCAUGAGCCCGGGGGACGUCCAGUGGAACCCGGGCAGCGAGCCCACCGCGCCGGCGACCGAACACGCUUGGACGGACAUGGACGAGCACGUACACGUGGAUUUCGGCCUCAGGCGGCACCGGUCAGCCGGCAGCAGUCGGCAGCAGUCCAUUGCGGAGGAGGCCGGCGCCGUUUCAGAACACUAG